AUGGAUAGUGGUGAUAAUGGCCAAUAUUUUACGACUGGAGGAAUAUACGGAAUCAUACCGGACAGUGCAAUCUCGACGGCUACUGCUCCAGAGACGCUACACGUUACAAACAACGCGACGCAGGCGUGGUACCCACCUAAUGUUGUGAACAACUUCAACGAUAUCUCGUCCAACGCACAACUGGAUCAUCAUGACUCUGAUCUUCAUAACCAACAGAGGAUGGCACAACUUUCCCUCUCCUCUGGUCCUUCGACUCAACUACCGUACAAUCCAGCAGAGGGUACCGGAUCUAUUCUCUCUCCCGGAACCCCUGGAACAUUGACAGUCGCUCCAGUAUCCGGUCGAAAACGAGAGAAGGGUGGCCAAAAAAGGGUAGCCUCGAAUCACGACAGACAAAGUACCUUGCUACAAGUUCAACCUACUCCAGUGCGCGAGAGUAGUUCUGUCACGGCGACAAACCCAGCUUUCCUGGCGGCCUCUGGUUCUGUCGACGUUUCCCAUCCAUCCAGACAUCAUCCAUCGCCUUUGAUUCGGAAUGAAGUCGAGUCUUUUGCUGGGCCAGUAAUCACCCCAGUACCGGUCACCAGUGACCAGCAACCUUCUUUAGGAUACCCUUAUGCGGUUGAGGAAACUCGAAACGAAAUUUGGGCCGCCUCGGUACCGCCUUCCCUGCAUGGACCUACAACCGAAAACACAUUUGAACAUUUGAAUGCAAAUGCUUACAUUCCUGGAUCGUCAUCCUUGUCUAUAUAUCCACCCUCCAUUGAACGCCAAGGCAUAGUCUCAAUCAAAAGCGUAAUUUACAACGAUCCACUCGUAGGCUCCAAUCUCAUCCAUUUCGAAACUAACGGAAUACCUCUAUUGAUUGGUGCCUUUCCUCUCUGUCCUCUUAAUUGCUCUCUAGAUCUCCGCCGGGAAGGCACGCGCAAUUAUCCUCCAGCUACUAUAGGCUGCAUACAUUCUGCGACUCUCGGGACAAUGUGUCUUGCGCGGUACAUCUCAGAAAAUGUAACUAAGACGGAUAAGGCAAACGUCGCUCGUAACUCGUUAUGUAUUUCGGAGCCGGGGGCAGCGACAUACGUGCAAGGAUACAGCGCAGCAUCAUCAAUUUGCAAUACACGUUGGUCGAUAAUCGCCCGCUGUGAUGUUCCCCAUGCUCUGGAAAAACUCGAGGCAAAGGGCAUCUCUCUGGAUAAUCAAAAUACCGCACUGGGGUCUCACCAAUUCCAAGACUUGAUUUCUUCUGGUGUAACUAUCUAUACUGUCACGCAAAACGCCGGAGACGUUCUUUGCUUGCCUCCCGGUGUUCUCUAUCAGGCCGAAGUCGAAUCUGAAAUGGAGUUUAGAACGUGGCAAACAUAUUCUCUUCCGACAGUUGCGCAUGCGUUUCAGCACUACACACGCGUCAAGCAUCGCCUUUGUUGUGAUAAAAUGCCGCCAUACCGCAGAAUGCUGUAUGGCUAUCUGCAAGCCGUUCAACGAUCACUCGAUGCAGGGCAGCUGCAAUCACCAGAGACGAUCGAGUAUGCCCCAGGCACCAUCCAGCAGGCAAUCAAACUCUUCGACAGGCUACUCGUCGAAGAGUUUACCCAAGGGACACGAGACCAUGAGCCUAAGCUUGACGAUGCUGGCUAUUGCGACUUUUGUGGCGCCGACAUAUUCCACGCGGCGUUUGUCUGCUCCAGCAACGUCGCUGCUUCUGCUACAUCAACACUACCGUCAGACUGUUGCGAAGUCACGCUUUGCCCGGCUUGUUGUGCCGAGGGGCGAUCUUGCGCGUGCGGCAAGCUGAGAGUUUGCUCUGUUUUCAACUUUGAGCAACUCAUUUCCAUGAGAAAUAGAAUCGCAGAGUGGUGUAUUGCUAGCCUAGGGACAGUGCCAGCUUCAAUCGCUCGAUCCAUCAAUUUGGAGGAUAUAUAUGAAGAUGACGAAUACAUUCACUUGACGCUGGGAGCCAUUUCUAUCCUCCACAUUCGACGCUUCCCUCUCUCCACCGACAAGUCUGAUAGUAGGAUCAGCAUGACAAUGCGCUGCAAAGGCGGACCGGCUGGGUGCGAACCGCAUGAAGUUUCCCGACUUCAAAGCGUGACUUGCGAGAGAUGUCACGACACGAUUUGUUUUCCGCACCUCCUUGCAAUUGGUGUUCAUGCUGCAGAAGCCGCAUUCCGGUUGCAGCAUGAUCGCGACUGGCAUUACAUUCACACUACCUGGGCACCUCGGUGGCUUGAGUGGAAGCAAAAGUGCAAGACACUAUCACACCCCUCCGAUACAAUGACCCGACUUGCAUCAACCGAAGUCAAGUGUCAUCCUAUCAAAGCCACUGGACUUCGCCUGGGAUUUUAUGACCAUCCAUUGCCAGAUGUGAUCUGUGAAAAGUACGAAGACGACCCGAUUCUCGGAGAAGAAAUCAACGAACCUACUUGGAAUCAGGACACUAGACAUUCAAGUAUGGAGCCUUCUCAUCGUCUUACCAAAGGUGCCAAGGCAACUAUACCCAUAGAUGCGGAAGGCAACAUCCAACGCAAGAGAAAGCGAAAGACCACGGAUGGUACAUUCAGCCUCAAAAGCGGAAAGAAACCUAAAAAGAAGUCGAAGCUGAGCAUUACUACGAAUAUUUCAACGGCGGAGACCACGGCAGACGAAGCCACCCCUAUCCUGGCCACCAUUCCUCUUGAAGAGAGCCAGACACCGAAUACAGAUCGCCGUCGAGCGCGGAUCUCUAUUUCGUCCAGCAACUUUGACGUCGAUGCUGAAGAAAUCGAUGUGGAUGAGCCCAUCGUACUGGACGAGAGUUCCAAUGGGCUUUCUGCAAUCGAGCAACCGACAGAAUCCUUCUCCGGGGUCACCACCGACGCCACAUGCCCAAGCAGCCCCGUCGACCAUCUUCCUCCAGCAUCGUCUUCACCCGGACCAGACGUGCCACUGUCUACACAGUCUAGUAUGGAUGCUAAAUUCCAUCCAACUCUCCCCGAAGGAUAUCUGCAAAAGCUCGCUCAGCAUGAGGAGACCAACGGUCGACUAGAGGCACAAGUCGCACGUUUGGCGGUAGAGAGGGACGGUCUUGAAGCGCAACUUGUUGGUAUGAGCAUCUCUUCAGAGAGUAACGCACGGCAGCUGGAGAAGUUGCACGAAUUGGAGCAAGAGUGUCAGGUGCAGACGGCUCGCAACAAAAUGCUCGAGGAGGAGGUGCAACGGCUCAAGGCAUUCAAGAUGAAUGCUACCCGAGAACUUGAGACUCUACGUAGAAACGAGCGGGACUAUGAAGAGGAAAAGAAUCGUAGCAAAGAGUCCAAGGUCGAGGUGCAAAGGCUGAAGGUCCAGCUAUUUGGUCUCCGAGAGAGCCAUGGAAAGCUCAAGGAUGAGUUAUCUCAGCAUAUUCAAAGACGAGACAAGGAUAUCGAGUCGCUCCGGGCGGAGAACAAAGAUCUCAAGGCGGAACUCGUAUCAGUUACGGAGCAGCUAAGGAAGUACGCAGGCAUGUUGGAGGCGAAGAAUUUGGAGUUGCUGAGUCUAGACAAUGACUAUGCGAGGUUGGCGGAAGGAUCUUCGCACAAACCAUCUUCGUCCAAGUCGCAUACUAGCCGCCCUCAAGGUACCCGCAAUCCAAUCACCCAAAAGAAGCCACCACCACCGCGAGAUGAAGACGAAGAGUCUGAUGAUGAUCUUGCCUACAAUCCUCUUAAUAUCCGCUAUUGA